AUGAAAUUAGACUGGGCACUGUUUUUCGUAAUUUCAUUGUUAUAUUUAUCAUUAAUUGGUUGUAGCAAAAAUUCCGAUGAGUCUAACAAACCAGAUAUCGCUAGAGCAGGGAAAACGAGGCGUCAGAAAAUGGUUCAAAACUCGGCAGUUGGUACUCUGUCGAAUGUAAUCACGCAAAUUCAAAAUUUGCCAAAUAUGGAUCUCGGGAGGCGAUUCAGAACACCGUGUAAGACGGGUAAUAAAUGUGGCAAGGUCAUUAAACGCUUAAUGGUGCCAAAACUGGCCCAAUUGGAGAACACUAUUAUGGGCGUGAUGAAGGAGCUCUCAAAGAUGCCACCAGGAUCCCGCCUUCCCGAUAAAUACACGAAAACUGAGCCGAUUAAACUGUUGCUAGACCAGAAUUACAAAGAAGACGUAUGUAUGGACAAACUGGAGUCAUGUUUAAAAGAAGAUAAACGUCGGAAACGUAUAUUAAAGAAGCUGUUUUUCAAGAAAUAUAACGCCGUAAGACAAGAGCUAAUUGGUUACGGUGGGCGGCGGCUCUGGGGCGGCGAAGGAAAUCUUUUUUAUAGGCGAUAG